ACUAGUCGCGGUUUUGGUUGUGAAGAAAAAAGAAAAACAAUAAUUGUUUGGCUCAACAAAUCUAAGUUAAAACUAAUAUUAAGAAUUAUAUAUAAAGCGAAAUACGAACAUGGGCUGUGCUGAGAGCAAGGAUGGCGAAAGCGAAGCCUCAAAUAAUCGAAACAGACCCAAAUACCGCUCCUGCACGGACGUCUUCUGGCUGGCUAUUUACAUAUUGUUUUGGCUAUUUCUGAUUGUCAUUGCGAUAUUCUCGUUCGUUUUUGGCAACCCGUUGCGUCUGAUCAAUGGCUAUGAUUCCUUUGGGAAUACCUGCGGUGUUCAGCACAAUGAACGUUUUCAGAACUUUCCUUUGUCGGGCAUGAAUACGAUUGACAAGCCGGAAUUGUUUUACUUUGACGUUAAGGAGCUGAAGAAGGCCUUAAAGAUCUGCGUUAAAAGCUGUCCCAAGCGCACGCUCAGUCAGCCAAGGGAGCUGAAGCAAUACUUUACGGAAACCGGCGCCCAAUUCUGCAAAUAUGACUAUAAUAUGGAUCAGCUCGAUAGGCCGGGCAUGACCAAAGAUGACAAAAUCUUUAACACGCUUGGCCCAUGUCCCAGUCUGCCCGUCCUCGAGAGCUCGCCCGUGCUGCAUCGCUGUGUGCCCAAGCAGUCCAGCAAGGAGGUGAAGGAAAUGUACAAAAUGCUCAACAAUUGGGAUGUGGCGCAACAGUUUCUGGGCGACAUCUAUUCCACCUGGCAUAUAAUAGCCAUUGUCUGCGCCGUUUCCCUGCUCAUCUCGAUUGCUUUGGUGACCAUGAUGCAUUGGCUGUCCCGCAUUGUGUCCUGGCUUAUUUGCGUGCUGGUAAUUGUGGCCAGCGUUGGACUGACUGGCGCGCUCUGGUAUGCCUACUAUGGCAUACGCAACAAGACGGGCAACACGCAAUAUUCACAGCUGGAGGAGUUUCUGCGCAAUCAGCAGGCGGUGCUCACGCUUGCCGUUCUGGCCACCAUCACCAUGGUCAUUCUGCUGGUCGUCAUUUAUUUCCUUAAAAACAAACUUUCCGGCUUGGCUGCGCUCUUCGAGGAGGCCGGCGUUUGCAUGAUGAAUUUACCAGGCCUGCUGAUCGCCCCCCUUUUGGCAUUUCUGGUGCUGAUUGCAUUCUUGGCCUUUUGGGUUGUUGUCGUCAUUUGUCUGGUCACCGCCACCACGCCCGAUCAGAGCCCCAUCGCACCGUUUCACAGCAAUGCCGUGCAUCCGACGCUGCCGGCCAAUGCGGCGGCCAUGUUGCUCAAUCAGACAGCUCCCGGAGGCGAUGAGAGAACGAUUACGCGCAUAGAGUAUGCGGAUGCGAGCACUUUGCGCAGCAUGUUCUGGAUCUAUGUGGUCGGAUUGAUUUGGACGGUUGAGUUUAUCUUUGCCUGCCAGCAAUUCGCGCUGGCCGCCGCGGUGGCCUUCUGGUACUUCGGCAAGCCGACAACGACGCCAACUCUUUAUGCAAUUGGCAAACUGAUCAAAUAUCACCUGGGCACUGUGGCUAAGGGCUCCUUUGUUAUAACAAUAUUCAAAAUACCGCGUCUGAUCCUGACCUAUCUGUAUGCCAAGCUGAAGAAGGGCGAGGACAAGGGCUCUGAGUGCGCCGCCUGCUGCUUGAAGUGCUGCAUCUGCGGCUUUUGGCUGCUCGAGAAGUUUAUACGCUUCCUUAAUCACAAUGCCUACACCGUGGUGGCCAUUGAGUCCAUCAACUUCUGUCCAGCUGCUGGCAUUGCCUGGAAUGCGAUGGCCACCAACGUGCUGCAAGUGGCAACAAUUAACAGUAUCGGCGACUUUAUUCUGUUCCUGGGCAAAGUUGUGGUUGCCGCGCUCUCGGGUCUGCUGGGCAUCUUUAUGCUGAAGGACAGACCUGGCCUGAACUUCUAUAUGGCGCCCGUCAUCUUGAUUAUUAUCUUCGCUUUCUUCAUAGCUCACAUUGUGCUCUCACUCUUCGAGAUGGUGGUCGAUACGCUGUUCCUGUGCGUCUGCGAAGACAAGACCAUUAAUGGUCGCGCCGGCCGCUGGGCUCAGAGUAAUUUGGCCAAACUGGUCGGCGAGGAGCCCCUGCAGCCCGGCGAGGAACCGCCCAUACAGGUGGUUGAGAUGAUGCCCAUCAAUAAGCAGCCGUUCAGCAUUACGCGCUUGCCGCCAACCGAUGCCGAAGUCUCCCCAAUGGCGGAGUAAUAUUCCAGCUAAAAAAGAC